CUAGAUGCACUAUUAUUAUUUACAGUACCGUACUAUUUGUGACCUGUUGUGUGCCACAAGACCAAACGGUUGUGAUGGCAUUAUGGCCAUCACAGUUUUCUUUCUUGGACAUGAGAUCAAGUUCGGUGUUUGCAUUGGCACCGCACUUUCACUCCUUUCACCGUUCGCACAUAAUCCAUACACUUUUGAUCAGCGAGUGAUAAUUCGGAAGGAGUUAUCACAUUGUCGCUGAAAAACGCACACCAACUUUUCUAGAACACAGAUAGCAACGAACGAACAACCAUGGUACCUCCUCAACGUAUCCAGCUUUGUUUCCGGGUCAACCUCUCCCAUCAACCAGCGAAAAUUCUACUUCCGGUGAUUGGUGGCAUGAGGAAGGAUUUUAUUGUCCGCAAUCGUCGUUAUUAUUCUGCCGGUGACGACCAUCACAACACCAAAGAGGAAGCCACGUUGCCCUUGACGAGCUCCUCGUCGUGCGGAGUGGCUAGAACGACGCGACUGCCAGUGAACAUUGAAUUGACCUGCUGAACAGAGCCGAUAGCUUUCUUGCAAUCCAUUGUCGAUCGAUGAAAACAACAUCAAGUUUCGGUUGAUUUCGACACAUUGAAAUUUCUAUCAUGUACGAAUAUCUCAUCAAUCCGAGCAGGGCGAGGCAAGGGUAUUGACGAACGAGAUCGGAUAUUUCCUAAUGGUCAGUUCGUUGCAAGAAGAAUUGCAUCUCACUUGUAGGACCAGCUUUAUCAAGAGCAUAAGUAGGAAGCAAUUGGGAUUCCAAACCACCGCAUAGUUUGACGAUUGCUGAAGAUAAGAACAAAAACCGAAGUCGGAAUCCACACGGAAGAACUGACUUAAGAGUAAAGCCCAAGUCGAAGUAUUUCUUCAUGGCAGUACCUCUAAUAGUAUCAGUGUAAUUAUAUUUUUUCAG